AUCAAUCCCGGAGCAAGUGAAAGGGUCACUUGAUACCGGCUCAUCUUCAGCGAUUAACGAACAGAUGCCCACUGCUGUCCAGAUGACUUUAUAGGCGGAGCGGCGGCGCUUAGAAUAAACCAACCUAGCAAUUCCUACCGCUGUAUCUGGGAUCUACACACUCUCUCUCCCCUUCUCUCUCACACAUACACACACACACACACACACACACACACACACACACACACACACACACACACACACACACACACACACACACACACGCACAUCUCCACUGACUGAGUGAGACGCGGGACGUACCCAAAUCCCAGGGAGAGGACCGGAUCAGCGCUGUUCAUGAAUGAGUCUCCUCUUAUUUCAAGAAUGAUGUGAAGAUCACCGGAGAGGAAACAGAACACACUUCAGCACAUCUUCCUCUGUACAACCCUGCUCAUUGCUGACACACGAUCCCAGUUGUUUCGUCUGUCCCUGUUUGUUUGGUUUUCAUUUCCGGAGCCUUAUGGGAAUGGGAACGUGCUUGGAUAAAGGAUGGACUUACUGCGGCCUUACCAAAGGUCACCGUCCUCCGAAGGUCAUGUCAUGGCCCCUGGCAUUGUGGCUACUGACUCUAAUCUCUGUGAAUCAAAAGGCAACCGUUGGACAGUCCCUGAGCACCUUCCAGUCAGAGAGGAGGGAGUGGCCUCUCAACCACCUGACCGUGCACCAGUCCACCGGGGCCGUGUACGUCGGGGCGGUCAACCGAAUCUACAAGCUGUCGCCCAACCUCACCCUCCUGGUGUCCCAUGACACGGGGCCAGAGUAUGACAACAAGGCCUGCUAUCCUCCUCUGAUCGUCCAGCCCUGCUCUGAACCCCUAGCCUCCACCGACAACGUCAACAAACUCCUGCUCAUCGACUACUCCCACAACCGGCUGCUGGCCUGCGGCAGCCUCUACCAGGGCGUCUGCAAGCUGAUGAGGCUGGACGACCUGUUCAUCCUUGUGGAGCCCACGCAUAAGAAGGAGCACUACCUGUCCAGCGACAACCGGACGGGGACGAUGUACGGAGUGGUCGUGUCCUCACAGGGCCCGGAUGCCACUCUCUACGUCGGCACGGCUGUUGGCGGGAAGCAGGACUACUUCCCGACCAUUUCCAGUCGCAAGCUACCGCGCGACCCGGAAUCCUCGGCGAUGCUGGACUAUGAGCUCCACACCGACUUUGUUUCCUCUCUCAUCAAAAUCCCCUCAGACACGCUGGCCCUCGUCCCGCGCUUUGACAUCUACUACAUCUACGGGUUUGCCAGUGGCGGCUUUGUCUACUUCAUGACUGUUCAGCCGGAGACGCCGGAGAACGGGAUGCCUGCUGGCAGCUCCCCCGGCGAUCUCUUUUACACCUCUCGCAUCAUCCGCCUUUGUAAAGGUGACAAGAAGUUCCACUCCUAUGUGUCACUGCCGGUGGGGUGCGUACACAGAGGUGAGGAGUAUCGUCUACUCCAGGCGGCUUACCUGUCCAAGGCUGGCAGGGUUCUGGCAAGGUCCCUAAACAUCAGUGCCCAGGAGGAUGUGCUCUUUGCUGUGUUCUCUAAGGGACAGAAGCAGUAUCAUGACCCUCCCGAUCAUUCUGCCCUCUGUGUUUUCACCAUCCAAAACAUCAACACCCGCAUCAAAGAGCGCCUGCAGUCCUGCUACCAGGGCGAGGGCAACCUGGAGCUGCACUGGCUGCUGGGAAAGGACGUGCAGUGCACCAAGGCGCCUGUUCCCAUCGAUGAUCACUUCUGUGGCCUGGAUAUAAACCAGCCCCUGGGGGGGUCCCAGCUGGUGUCAGGCCUGACCGUGUACACUGAGACCAGGGACAGGCUGACCUCUGUCACCUCGUACGUCUACAACGGACAGAGCGUGGCCUUCCUGGGCACCAGGAGUGGACGGCUGAAGAAGGUCAGGGUGGAUGGGCUUCUGGAGGGAGGAGUGCUGUACGAGACAGUGACCGUGAUGAAGGAUAGCAGCCCGAUCCUGCGGGACAUGGCCUUCUCGCUGGACAGGAACUCUCUCUAUGUCAUGUCUGACAGUCAGGUGGCCCAGGUCCCUGUGGAGGCCUGUGAGCAGUACGGCACAUGUGCGGAGUGUCUGAGCUCUGGUGACCCCCACUGUGGCUGGUGUGUGCUGUUUAACAUGUGCUCCAGGAAGGACCGGUGUCAAAGGGCGGACGAACCCUUCCGUUUCGCCACCAACAUUGACCGCUGUGUGAAGGUUAUUGCGCACCCAGACAGCAUUGCUGUGUCAGCACAUAGUGUUCCUCUUCUGCUGGAAGUGAAUAAUGUUCCUGACCUCUCUGCUGGGAUCACCUGCUCCUUCGGUCAACAAGCCCAGGUGGAGGGUCACGUCAAUGGGAACAGGGUCAUGUGUCUGUCCCCCGCUGGCAAGGAGGUCCCACAGAUACCAGAAGGACAAGACUGGUCCGGUGUAGAGCUUCGCCUCAACUCCAAAGAGACGGGUCAGAUGGUCGCCAGCACAGAGGUCAAGUUCUACAACUGCAGCAUGCAUCACACGUGCCUGUCCUGUGUGAACAGCACCUUCCGCUGCCACUGGUGUAAAUACCGCAACCUGUGCACCCACGACCCGAGCAGCUGUUCCUUCCAGGAGGGCCGGGUCAAUGCCUCAGAGGACUGCCCUCAGCUUCUUCACUCUGGGGAGAUUCUGAUCCCGGCCGGCGAGGUCCGUCCCAUUACCCUGAGGGCCCGCAACCUUCCCCAGCCGCAGUCGGGCCAGCGGGGCUACGAGUGUGUGGUGCACGUGCAGGGUGUCAGCCACCGUGUCACCGCGCUGCGCUUCAACAGCACCAGUGUGCAGUGCCAGAACAGCUCGUACAUGUAUGAGGGUGUGAAGAUCAGUGACCUGGCAGUGGACCUCUCCAUCGUAUGGAACGGCAAUUUCAUCAUCGACAAUCCCGAGAAGAUUAAAGUGCACCUCUACAAGUGCAGUGCCCAGAGGGACAGCUGUGGCAUGUGUCUGCGGGCAGAGAGGAAGUUCCAGUGUGGCUGGUGCAGCGGUGAGGGCCGAUGCACCAUGAGGCAGCACUGCCCGCCCAUCUCCCCUUACGCGAGCCGCUGGCUGGACCUUUCUGCAAGGAACGUCAAGUGUACCAACCCGCGCAUCACUGAGGUGAGUCCGGUGGCAGGGCCCUUAGAGGGCGGCACUCUGGUCACCAUCCAGGGCCUGAACCUGGGCCUGUCCUUCUCUGAGCUGGAGGGCAACGUGGAGGUAGCGGGGGUCCAGUGCACCCCACGGGAGGAGGGAUACAUCACCGCAGAACAGAUUGUAUGUGAGAUGACCGCAGCCCCCAAGGGAAGCACACCAGGUCCAGUUCAGCUGUGCGUUGGCGAGUGCCGACCGGAGCUACGCACGCAGUCGUCCCAACUCUACUCAUUUGUGACCCCUUCGAUGCUGGCACUGACCCCAGGCAGAGGACCCGAGUCUGGGGGCACCAAGGUCACCAUUGUCGGGGAGAACCUUGGCGCCGGCAGCACCGUUAAUGUCCUCUUUGGCAAUCAGACCUGUGAGCUGUACAGGAGGACCAUGUCGGAGAUUGUGUGUUUUUCUGCGCCCUCUGUGACCGGGGCAGGACCAGUCCGGGUCAGUUUGAGUGUCGACCGGGCCAAAGUCCCUGGGAGUCUGGCCUUCGAGUACAUAGAAGACCCCACAGUCCAGCGCAUUGAACCCCAGUGGAGCAUCACCAGCGGGCACACCACCCUAACAGUGACUGGCACCAACCUGGAUGUGGUUCAGGAGCCGCGGGUCAGAGUCAAAUAUGCCGGCCACGAGUCUGUCAAUGUGUGCAAGGUGCUCAAUACCACCACCAUCAGCUGUUUUGCCCCCUCCCUGAAAGCAGAGUAUACCCCCGACCAGGAGACCAUCAAACAUGUGGAUGAGUUUGGAUUUGUGUUCAACAACGUGCAGGCCCUGCUCACUUACAACAACACGAGCUUCAUCUACUACCCCAACCCUUACCUGGAGCCCCUCAGCCUCUCCGGGGUCCUGGAGCAGAAACCUGGUGCUCCCAUCAUACUCAAAGGACGUAACCUGGUGCCAUCUGCGUCAGGGGGAGCCAGGCUGAAUUACACAGUGCUGAUCGGAGAUACUCCCUGCUCCCUCACCGUCUCUGACACACAGCUGCUCUGCGAGCCACCCAACCUCACCGGGCAGCACAAAGUCCUGGUGCAAGUCGGCGGUCUCCACAUCUCUCCAGGAGCAGUCCACAUCCGCUCGGACAGCCUGCUCACACUUCCCGCCAUCCUCAGCAUCACAGCCGGAGGAGGGCUGCUCCUCAUCAUCGUCAUCAUCGUCCUGCUUGCCUACAGGCGGAAGUCACACGAGAAUGACCUCACUCUCAAGCGCCUGCAGAUGCAGAUGGAUAACCUGGAGUCCCGGGUGGCUCUGGAGUGUAAGGAAGCCUUUGCAGAGCUACAAACGGACAUCAACGAGUUGACCAGCGACCUGGACAGAGCCGGCAUCCCCUACCUCGACUACCGCACUUACACCAUGAGGGUUCUCUUCCCCGGCAUCGAUGACCAUCCUGUCCUCCGAGAGCUGGAGGUGCCAGGGAGCGGGCAGGCGAACGUGGAGAGAGCCUUGAAGCAGUUUGCUCAGCUGGUGAACAACAAGGUUUUCCUGCUGACAUUCAUCCGCACCCUUGAGCUGCAGCGCUCCUUCUCCAUGCGAGACCGCGGCUACGUGGCCUCGCUCAUCAUGACCGCUCUGCAGGGACGGCUGGAGUACGCCACUGACGUCCUCAAACACCUCCUGUCAGACCUCAUCGAGCGCAACCUGGAGAGCAAAAACCACCCCAAGCUGCUGCUGCGCAGAACGGAGUCAGUGGCAGAGAAGAUGCUGACAAAUUGGUUUGCCUUCUUGCUCCACAAAUUUCUCAAGGAGUGCGCUGGCGAGCCUCUCUUCAUGCUUUUCUGUGCCAUCAAACAGCAAAUGGAGAAGGGGCCCAUAGACUCCAUCACAGGAGAGGCGCGCUAUUCCCUCAGUGAGGACAAACUUAUCCGACAGCAGAUUGAAUAUAAGACGCUGACGCUGAGCUGUGUGAACCCAGACAAUGAGAACAGCCCAGAAAUUCCUGUCAAGGUGCUCAACUGUGACACCAUUACCCAGGUAAAGGAGAAGAUCCUGGAUGCGGUGUACAAGAACAUGCCCUACUCCCAGCGGCCUCGGGCUGCAGAUAUGGACCUAGAGUGGCGGCAGGGCAGGACGGCACGCGUGGUCCUGCAGGAUGAAGACAUCACCACGAAGAUCGAGAGUGACUGGAAGAGACUCAACACGCUCAUGCACUACCAGGUGUCGGAGCGCUGUGUGGUGGCCUUGGUGCCGAAGCAGAUGUCCUCCUUCAACAUCCCCUCGUCAGCCAGCUUCCCACGCAGUAUCAGCAGAUACGGUGUGGAUGUACCCUUCCGCUCCACCCCCACCAGCCCGGACAGCCCCCACUCUCGCGUGCCCAUGCUGACCCCUGACCUGGAGAGCGGGGUCAAGGUCUGGCACCUGGUCAAGAAUCACGACCACGGGGAUCAGAAGGAGGGUGAGCGCGGCAGCAAGAUGGUGUCUGAAAUCUACCUGACACGGCUCCUCGCGACAAAGGGCACACUCCAGAAGUUUGUGGAUGACCUGUUUGAGACCUUGUUCAGUACGGUGUGUCGAGGCACCGCCCUGCCUCUCGCCAUCAAAUACAUGUUCGACUUCCUGGAUGAGCAGGCCGACAGACACGGCAUCCACGACAUGGACGUUCGCCACACCUGGAAGAGCAACUGCCUGCCACUGCGCUUCUGGGUAAACGUGAUCAAGAACCCGCAGUUUGUGUUUGACAUCCAUAAAAGCAGCAUCACGGAUGCCUGCCUGUCUGUGGUGGCCCAAACUUUCAUGGACUCCUGCUCGACGUCUGAACACCGUCUGGGCAAAGACUCACCCUCCACCAAACUGCUUUAUGCCAAGGACAUACCACAUUAUAAAAGCUGGGUGGAAAGGUACUACGCUGACAUCAACCGCUUGCCUGCCAUCAGCGAUCAGGAUAUGAAUGCCUAUCUGGCUGAACAGGCCCGCCUUCACUCCAACGAGUUCAAUGUGCUCAGUGCCCUCCAUGAGAUCUAUGCCUACGUCAGCAAGUACAGCCAAGAGAUCACUGAGGCGCUUGAGCAGGAUGAACAGGCCCAGAAGCAGAAGCUGGCUUACAAGGUGGAGCAGAUCAUCUCAGCCAUGUCGACAGAGAGCUGAGACAUACACACACACAUACACACACACACAUACACACACACACGCACACAGACACACCCUCACAGAAACACACUCAGAGAGAUAGUUAUGUACGCGAGGACACUGAAGAGACUUUAUGGACCUAAACAGAGUAAAAAGGCAUGUGGUACACACACGUGCAUGUAUGCACACCAACACACAUAUACAUGCACGCAUGAACACACAGAGAGAGUUAGUGAUGUACGCAGAGACAUCACAGAGAUUUAUGGACCUAUAAACAAACAAACACACACACAUACAUGCAUACACCCGCACACACAUAUUCAGAUGUACAUACACAGUCCACAGAAAACCACAGCACACAUCAAACAGCAGACCGUCCCAAAGCACGACUUUUGGAUCCACUGUCAUCACGUUUUUUUUCUGAAGAAACUCCAAAAGGCAAACAUCCAAGUUCCAAAACGCUCCUAUAGAGAGAGGAUUUGGGCCAUCACGGCUGCUGAAGUUGCCGCCAAUUCUUUUCCACCGGGUAAUGGCUUGUCUUUGUAGUCGCUGGUUAUGCUAAAUGUGUGCGGCGUGGCUUUGUAGCGGGAGCUGUGAAGAGAAUAGCACUUAACACAGAACGACUCAACUUGAAAAAGUCACCGCGAGAGCUCAGCUAAGACGGGAGCCAAGUUAACGGGAUGGCACAUGUGAGGAGACAAGACUAGCAGUACUUUUUUUUUUUUUUUCCAAAUAUGAAGGACACUGAUUCACACUACAUAUCAUAGACUUGGCCUUGGAGUGAGAUUGUUAUUUGGAGCGGACGUUAUUCUGUGUCAUAAAGCCUUUUUCCUAUAGCCUUUUAAAGGCCUACAAAGGGAGAAGACGAAAGACUCUGGUGUUGUGAAGUAUCUUCAUCCCGACUGAAGCUCCAUUUCAAAGGCUAUUUGUUUGGUGAAGAUUUUCUGAAGUAACAUUGAAAACAGUCAACACAAAGCUCGUCAUUGACAGGGUGAGGGUCAGAUUCUUCAAUAAUCCUCCAGUGACAAAGCAUUAACUUGGAAUUUGGAGUAUUUGUAUAGACAUAUCCAGACCCAAGCCCUGGUUUUUAGUGCCAAAUAUAAUAUUUCUCAUGUUUCAUUCAUGUUAAAUGCUCCUGUAGAAGCUAUUAAUAAUAGAUGCCAUUGUUCAGAAGGAUCCCAUUUGAGAUAGACAAUUUUUUGUACAGUAAUGAUCUAUAGACCACUAAAUCAGCCAUUCAAAGAUAAGUGAAGACCAAAUUGAAUUGUAGCAGAAGCAUGAUUAAUGACACUAUAACCCUGAUCACGGUUCAGAUUAGCCUCACUCUGGCUAACGGCAUCACUCUCCCACCCUCCCCGUCUCAUCAGUCAUUGUUUACAUUGAACAUUUGAUACUUGAAAUGCACCAAGUGUACAAAAUAUUAAGAACACCUGCUCCUUCUGUGAAAUAAUGUAGCUGGGCUUAUUGAGAUAAAGAGAGGGAGGAGACAAGUUAAAGAGGGAUUAGCUGAGGAAAUAAGACAUAAGGGGACAUGGGUUGUGCAAAAGGGAAUAUUAGAGAGGUGUUGCCCAUAUUUUGUACACCAAGUGAAUAUAUGAUUAAUGAUCCAUGUUUUUAUCUGCAAAUGAUCCCACUAAUGCUCAUGUCUUUUUGUUAGUUGCCUGCACUCUCCUCCCUUUGCAUCCUGUUUCCAUGUGUCAUUGUGUAAUUCCCAACUUUGAGUUUCACGUGCAAAUGUGCAUUUUAUUUAAUGCUUGUUCUUUUCUUGCUGCUGUAUUUAUAGUGCCAUAUCCAAACUUUAAAAUGAUUAUCACGAUGACAAAUUUGGAUCUCUGUGGGAUUUCAUUGAGUCAGAGUUUUAUUUUUGCCUGUCUGUUUGUGAUUCGUCCAUCGCAAUGAUGAAAAAUGAAAUUCAUCCUGUGCACGAGAAUAUUUUAUUGGUCCCCAUAAAAGUCACUGUGACUAUCUAUCUAUUGGCAUCAUUCUGGAGAGCUGCUCCGUUUUUACCAUUUUAGUAUCAAUGGGAUUAUUGUACUCCCUAAAAGGACCUUGAUUCAUGUUAAUCCAGAGGAGCAAGAUAAAAUAAGAUAAAUAAUUAAUAGAUUUCCUGUUAAGUGUUGAAAUAUGACAGAGAACCAGUCCCUCUAUUAUACACUGUUUCAUGUGUGUUUUGAUGAUAAUUUAUAAAUGUGUUGUGCAAUAAAUUGUCUGACAUUUAAACUUUAAUCUUUUUUUAAACUAUAUAUUAUUGUAUAAAUACUGUACAUACAAAACACUCCUAUUUUGCAAGCAAAUGAUUCACUUUGUACUGUUGUUAUACAUUAAAUGCGCAGCUGA